GCUAUCAUUUCCGGGGGCAUAUGAACAUAUCAAGUUGGAGCUAGAAGACGAAGAUAAUGCCUCUUUUCAAUUGACUUCUCUUCUUCUCGGAUCCCACCAAUUCUGCAACCUCCAAGAUUAAAAAAGAAAAAAAAGGAAUUCUUACAAUUCCCACUGUGUGUUCAAUCGCCAUUGUAGAAGCAAAGUGAUCUUAUCAAUCUUCAAGCGAGAAGAAGAAGAAGAAGAAGAAGAAGAAGAAGAAGAUAUGCAGCAUCUCUCCGGAAGCAUAUGGCCGGUGAGAACUGGGUUUCACCGGCGGUUUCCGUCGGCGAAGAAAGCUCCUUCAACCACAGGCGUUCUCCUCCUCUUGCUCUUCCUCACCAUCACCAUCACAGCCUUUCUCCUCUCUUAUUCCUCGGUCAACUCUCCUGGUUUCUAUGCUGCUAAAGCAAUAUUGGAGAAACCUGUGGUCGUCCCAAGAGUUGAGUAUCCACUCAACUGCUCCGCCGGGAACCAGACUCGAACCUGCCCGGGAAACUACCCGACUGUAUCUGAACCCGAAGCGGAGGACCCCCCGGCGCCGUCGACGAAUUCAACUUGCCCGGAUUACUUCCGGUGGAUUCAUCAGGAUCUACGCCCGUUCAUGGCGACGGGGAUCAGCAGGGAGAUGGUGGAGAAAGCAAAGAAGACGGCGCAUUUUAGGUUGGUAAUAGUGAAGGGGAAGGCUUACGUGGAGAAGUACAGGAAGGCUAUACAGACUAGGGAUGUGUUCACGAUAUGGGGCAUUUUGCAGCUCUUGAGGAGAUAUCCCGGCAGGCUGCCGGACUUGGAGCUCAUGUUCGACUGCGACGACCGGCCCGUUGUUCGGUCCCGGGAUUAUCGACCCAGCCCUAACGCCACCGCGCCACCGCCACUGUUUCGAUACUGCGGCGACCGAUUGACUCUGGACAUUGUCUUCCCGGAUUGGUCUUUCUGGGGUUGGGCCGAAAUAAACAUCAAACCAUGGGAUAGCAUCUUGAAGGAGAUAAAGGAAGGCAACCAGAGGAUCAAAUGGAUGCAGAGAGAGCCCUAUGCCUACUGGAAGGGAAAUCCUUUUGUAGCCGAAACAAGGAGAGAUCUCUUGACCUGCAAUGUCUCAGAGAAGCACGACUGGAAUGCCCGCCUCUUUGUCCAGGACUGGAUCCUGGAAUCCCAACAAGGAUACAAUCAAUCAGGCCUAGCAAGCCAAUGCACCUAUAGAUACAAGAUCUAUAUUGAAGGAUAUGCAUGGUCAGUGAGUGAGAAAUACAUUCUGUCUUGUGACUCAGUCACCUUGUUGGUGAAGCCACGCUUCCAUGAUUUCUUCUCAAGAAGCCUGCAGCCAGUCCACCAUUACUGGCCUGUAAGAGACGACGACAAAUGUAGAUCCAUCAAAUUUGCAGUCGACUGGGGCAACAAUCACAAGCAGAAGGCUCAAGCCAUAGGCAAGGCGGCGAGUGACUUCAUCCAGGAGGAGCUUAAGAUGGAUUAUGUAUACGAUUACAUGUUCCAUUUGCUAAAUGAGUACGCCAAGCUCUUGAGGUUCGAGCCUCGAGUCCCCGAUGGGGGAGUUGAGUUGUGCUCGGAAACGAUGGCUUGUGAUGCACUAGGGUUGCAUAAGAAGUUCAUGGUGGAGUCCUUGGUGAAGGCUCCAGCUUUGGGCAGCCCAUGCAGGCUGCCUCCACCCCAUGAGCCAAGUGUUCUUGCUGCCUUUGUGAGGAGAAGGGAGAAUUCAAUGAAGCAAGUGGAGGCUUGGGAGCAAAGGCACUUGAAGAGCAUUGAAGAUCAGCAGCAAUAGGUGCAUUUAAUUUGGAUUCAUUGCAUUUGAAUUGAAUUAAUGUUGAAGAAUGUAUACGUAUAUGAAUAAGUUCAUGUUAUCGAUCUACGUGCACGUGACGACCAAAAAAAAAGGAAUUUAGUCGUUCAUUUACUUCCUAUUAACGUUGAGAGUCUUGCCUGAA